AAACGGAGAGUUUGUUUUGAAUAAAAACAGAGCAUUUUGAACAACAACGACAACAACAAAAAAAAUGGGCGAAGUGUCUCUAUACGUAGAGGAGUUCCAAUUCCAAACGUCCUACCAAGUCUCACGCUGUAGGAUCUGCCACGAAGACGAACUCGAAACUGCCCUCCAACUCGAAGCCCCCUGUUCCUGUUCUGGCACCAUUAAGUUCGCUCACAGAGACUGUAUUCAGAGAUGGUGCACCGAAAAAGGCAGCACAGUCUGUGAAAUUUGUCUCCAGAAUUACGAACCAGGCUACACGUCACCUUCUAAGAAGCCUCAACGCGGCGAUCCAGGUGUCACUAUCAGGGAUAGUUUGCAAAUCCCUAGAAACGAGGAAGAAGAGGCGGCAGAGCCCGCAUCGCCACCCGCAGACGGCGGCGCGUCGGACUCCACUUGCUCCACCACCGCUGACCGUGGUGCUUCCUGCUGUAAAUCCGUGGCUCUCACUUUUACUUUAAUGUUGUUGGUGAGACAUUUCUAUGAAGUGGUUACUAUUGACACUGCACAAUACCCAUUUACGCUUGCCACUGUUCUUAUUUUAAGAGUUAGCGGGAUUAUUUUUCCUAUGUACGUGAUAAUUCGAACGAUCACUGCCAUUCAAAAUAGUGCUCGUCGAAAUCGGUAUCGAUAUCAGAAUGAAGAGGAAUCUGAUGUUGAUAGUGAUGAUGAUGAUAGAUCGAGCUUUGAAGAGGAUGAUAGAAGGGUGCAUCAUAUUGUCUAAGCUUUAUACACACACUCAUUAUUUGUUACCAUUUUUGUUUCUUUGAACUAACACGAGAUAAUUUUUGUAAAAAUUUAUAUUUUUUAA